CCCCUCUAGUGAGGCGCCGCGACGUCGACGCCGCCAGUCCGACGAUGAACGUCGAAAUUCGAGCGUCGUCGGUGUCAGUGUGGCCCAAAAAUUUCGAAAUUGGACGCCCCCCCGUUAAGCGAUAAACGAGUGAUUAUGUGCCACCGGCAUUAUGGAAAAAAGUGAUAAUUCCACGACGUUUCGAGCGACCGCGGACCUCCUCAGGAUCUGAGGAGCGAGUGUUGACUUGGUUCAGUGAAUUUGACGAUCACGGCCCUUUAUUGCUGAAGAACAAUUGCACGCUUUGACAGUUGAGCCGCUGACAAAAGGUGCAUGGGGGGCGAUGGGCCGGGGCGGCACGGCUGAGGGGGGCCUACGGAGGCGGAUGCCGCUUCGGCGAGCGGGCGGCGGGUCGGCGACAAGGGGCGGCCACGGCCUGGGCGGCAGAGCGAUGCGCUACUACCGCCUCUGGAUCUACACGUGCAAUACCGCCCUUUUAGCUGGCGCUGUGGCCUUUACCGGUGCCGCUGUCAAAACCAUUCUUUUCGACUUCAGACGGAGUCUGGUGCCUUCACUCACUUUGUAUCAGCCGUCGUUCCUCUACGCCUACUUGGCGCUAGCCACCCAGGGCGGCGCCCUCCAGCUGCUCGGCUGUUUGGCCGCUCUCAAACUGUCCGAAAAGCUGCUCAACGCCUAUUGGCUGCUGCUGUUGGUGCUGGUCUUUGGCGACGUGGUGAUUGGUGCCUUUUGGGCUUACCGGUUCGAGCGCAUUUGUCAGGAACUCCGGCCUGCCCUCCGAUUGCGUUUCCAGCAGGAAUACGGCACGAAUAGCGCGAUGACCAGCCUAUGGGAUCGGCUACAGGCCGAAGACCAAUGUUGCGGAGUUUCUGGACCGGAAGAAUUCUCCAACACAACUGGAACAGUGCGAUGGGAAAUGCCAGCCAGUUGUUGUUUUGAACCUGCCGCCUCCAAUGUCACUAGAUGUGCAAAAGUGCACUCAGCAGGAUGCGACGAACGUCUUCUGGCCUAUCUGAGGUCAACCGCGUCCCUACUGGCCAUUUUGGGCUACUGUGUUUUGGCCUUCCUCAAGCUGUGCUUCCUGGGCAUUUUGCGCUACGAAAUUAGGGAGAUGAUCCAGAAAAUUCGAAUACUAAGGGCAGAACUUGAACUGCCGAACGUGAACGGGGCCGUACCGGGUACGUUGAGGGCAGAAGGGGCGGAAAGCGAAAGAGAGUCACUGCUGGUACGGCCCGAAAGUACGGCCCUGUUGUCGUCACCGCCUACGCAGCCCAAAAAUCCGAAUGGCAACAACAAUUACGAAAUGAGAGAAUACCACAGAAGCCACGACAACAUAUGACUAAAGAUUUCCUCAAGCAUGAUGGUCGCCUGCUCUAAGUGUUGUUGUAUCGCCUGGAGGGUCUGUUCAGCCGCGGCCGUUGGGGUCGCGUCAAAAAGGGCCCCCUGGCAACCCCCCUCGAGGACAUCUUCAAGCGCAAGCCUCGAGCACGUGUCAAGGACGAUCCCUGCUGAGAGUUACUCUCUUCAGUGCCCGCGUACCCCCCAGAAACGUUAGUUUAGCGCCCGGACUAAACCGCCCCGCCCUAUUCAGUGCAGUGACAGUAUCGGAAACGGUACUUUUCCUCCAUCAAGUGCUCCAUAUGGACAAAACAUUAUUACGUUGGCUUGUCAGCAUGAUGUCAAACAAUCAAGUGUCCAAAAACGCCUUUUGAAAAGCUGAAUUUUCAUCACAGAACAGAUAAGCCCGGACUAAACGCGCCCCAUAGUUUAAGUUUCAUUCAUUCAGUAAACAAGGACAAAGCGUGGAAAAAUGAGAGAAUUUAAAAGAAAUAAGAGUACAAGCACCAAGACAAUUAGUGAAAAAAUUGUUUGCUUUUUGGAACGCAUUCGACUGUUUCUUGGAAAAACACUCAGAGCCGCCUAAAAUUGCCAUUGAUUUUGGCUAAGCCUCCCUUGAAAAAGUCCGCACUAAUAUAGAUAAAGCAUAGUGAUGAUUAUUUUCACCCAAUGUAUCGAUACGCUUAUAGUGCUUUAAAAACGAAUUUAAAUUAGCGUUAAGCUAGAAAUCCAGAGAAAAGUUUCCCACUGUACAUUGCGUUGAAUUGAUUUUUUUCGUAGAAGGACCCAUAUACUUGAACAACAAUAUCUACUAUAAAUAGCCGAUAGGAGGCACUACUAACAUGUACCUACCCACAAUGUAAAAUAAUAUUUUUUACUCAAAACCUAGAUUAGUUCUUAGACUGGUUGGAUAUUCUGCACAUUUGUUACGCAUCAACGAAAUCUGUCCAUUUUCAAUGAAUAUCAAGGAAGUUUUCGCUGUUCCAGAACAUGUUCUUGCAACGUAUGCAUGAUGGACUUUCAACAGAUGAAGGGUUUCGUUAACAAUGUUAGCUAUUUGCACUUGAUUGUUGCGUUCGAUUCGAGACUAUUUUGAGCCCAAAAAUCAUCUGCUGCAAGUCCAAACUUGUUGUGAAUUAAACACUUCACCGUAUAUGCUUUUGUACAUAAUUUACGAGAUUGUGAGACUGCUAGUUACGCCUUGUUUGGAAUGUGUGAGAAUGCGAGAAAAUAAUUUGGAGUUGUGGAGUUAUAUCUACCGAUUCGAAUACAACUCAGGAAAGCAAAUUAUAGGCGAGAUCUUUAAUUUUAGCGCAAGCAGCAACUUGAAAUGUCCACCGUAUGUAGAAGACACCUCGGUCGGAAAAUCGUCAUCAUUUCAUUCAAAUCUCACUGAAUCGUGAUUUUUGCCAAGGCUCCAAACAUUGGCUGCAAAAAUGACUGUUCUCACAAAGCUGCAGAAAAAUUCAUCACUUGUAAACAAAUUCAAGCAGAAUCUUGUAAUUGACAAAGUAUUUGUGCUCUAUGCACACUUCAAUCAAGAAACUUUGAUAAUUUGAUUCAAAUUGCAAUAAAUUGGGAUUUGUACCAAGGUUGCAAAGUUGAAAAUCGACAAUUUUCAAGGAACUACAGAGUUUUUCAUAUAAAAUUAGUAACUUUUAAACCAAAGCAAUCAGUAACUUGAUAUUUGCGCAGUAUCAUGAAAGUAUAUGAAUAUUAUAACUUCAUUUAACUCGCCCUAAAUCCCGAUUUUUGCCAAUUUAUUGCAAUAACGGGUUUCACACAUUUCCUUGGCAUUUUGUUAAACUUCACAAUUUUUAAAUAAAUGCAAGCACAAACUUGAUAUUUUCACAGAGUAUAGAAAGUAUGCGAAACUAAAACCUCUGAAAUUUUCAUUUAAAUCCACCGAAUACUGAUUUUUGUCAAUGUUGAGAAUGUUGGUUUAAAAAGGACUGUUUUCAAGCAGUUGCAGAACUUUGUUAAAAAAUUCAUAACAUCUAAACAAAAGCAUUCAGCAAUUUAAUAUUUUCACAGUCUAAAUAAAGUAUGUAUAUCAAGCUGAAAGUCCUGAAAACUUUAUUUAAAUGAAGGCGAAUCCUGAUGUUUACCAAUUUAUUGCAAAAACGACGGUUUUCGCGCAUUUUCUUGGUCUUUUGUUAAACUUCUUCACAAUUUUUUCAUAAAUAAAAACAAACUUGAUAUUUUCACAGAAUAUAGAAAGUAUCCGAAACUAAAACUUCUGAAAUUAUAAUUUAAAUUGCAUCAAAUCCUGAUUUUUGUCAACGUUGCAAAUGUUGGUUUAACAAGGACGGUUUCCAAGCAGCUGCAGAGCUUUUUUCAAAACUUCAUAACUUUUAAGCAAAAGUCUUCAGCAACUUUAUAUGUUCACAGUCUAUAGAAAGUAUAUGAAGCUGAAAGCCCUGAAAACUUCAUUUAAAUUUCGCCGAAUCCUGCUUUUUCCCAUUUUAUUGCAAAAAAGAUGGUUUUCACGCAUUUUCUUAGUCUUUUAUUAAAAUGUAUAAUUUUUAAACAAAUACAAGCAGAAACUUGAUAUUUUCCCAGUCUAAAGGUGUAUGAAACUAGAACCUCUGAAAUUUUCAUUUAAAACGCACGGAAUUCUGAUUUAUAUCAACGUUGCAAAAGCUUUUUCCAAAAAUUCAUAACUCUUAAACAAGUGCAGGCAGUACCUUGAAAUUUUCACAGUACAUAGAAAACACUGAACUCAGAACACCUCCAUAAUUUCUUGGUUUUGCUGGCCCAUUGAGUAAAUUGACCAAAAAAUAAACAUUUCCACACAAGUGCAUUAUCGGCUUGCACAAUUCCUCGCUUAUCUUAACCAAAUACUAUAGUCUAUAGUAUUUGCCUUGACUCACACACGUUAUAUGCUUGAUUCUCCAUAAAACGGCUUUAAAUAAUCGAUCUGAGCGUUGCUGAGCCGAAUUUCAAAUCCGUUAAAGUGAAAAAUCCUUAAAAUCACGAAGCGCUCGCCAAAUUGAGACUUUAGUGUACAUAAUGAGCUUACUUAAUUCAAUAGAGUGCCUCGCCUAAUAGAGUUUGGUCUUUUACAUAAGAGAAAAACUAAACUAGUCCUUAAGUAUGUCCAAAGUUCGUACUAUUUAGAGCCUGCAAGUACCAAAACAUCAGUGGAUCGAAACUCGUUGGAGAUUAUGUUCGCUUGGGGUACUGUUUGGUCAUCGAGUUGAACUCAAAGAUCUUAUUAAGAAAGCUUCCCAAUUUUAAAUUCCGCAAUCUAGAGCGAGAUGUUUAGAUUUUACAUACUUAUUGUUACCGACUAUUAGUGCUAAUUCAUGUACAAGAUGAUGUAUAUAUUCAUUUAAUAAAGGUAUUGUUAGAAAAA